UGAAAUAGGGAGAGAGGGAGAGGGGGAGAGAGAGACUGAGAGAGUGAAAGACUGACAGAGAGAGAGAGUGGAAGACUGAAAGAGUUUUUUUUUUUUGAGCUUACCGUCAGAGGAAUCAAAGAAUCAUUUUUUAUUUUUUUAUCCAGAAGAGGAUAGUGGAGGAGGAGGACUGGAGGAAGCAGAGCUCAGACUGUGAGUUGGAUUUUGCUCAGAUUUCUUGCUUGUGCAUCAGGUCUGAGUGGUGGCCCUGGUGGAAUGUGAUUACCUUGCACUUUAUGCUGUCAACCUACUUUAAAUUUUGUAACUUUGAGAGAUCAUCUCCCGGUUAGUGACUUUGACGGGGUAUUGGACAUGAGUAUGCUGGUGAGGACAUGCUUGAGCCAAGGGAAGCUGAUAUACCUGCUCUGUUUCUGGUUUUCGUUGUACUCCCUUUAGUUGCUUAUGUUUUACUUGGAAAAUGGAGUGAGACAUCUAAGAAGACAGAGAGGGUAAGUUUGCUUGCUCAACUGGCUGCAGAAGAAGCUCUUAGAGUAGAAACAAUGGCCAUUGCUGCUGUUAUUCCUCCUGUGUCUUCUUCAAAUCCUUCGAAGAAUGGACUUCAAGUAUGUGCCAGAUGCUAUAGUACAGCUACAACCCGCUGCUCUAGAUGCAAAUCCAUCAGAUAUUGUUCUGGUAAGUGUCAAAUAAUUCACUGGAGGGAAGUUCACAGGCAAGAAUGCCUGCAGUUGGAACCUACUAGUUCAAGCUCAUCUCCUAAGGCUGUCUCAUUUGGAGAAUCUUUUCAUGAGAAGUUAUUACCUAAUGACAGCAUCAAUUCACAGUACUUUGGGUGUAAGAUGGAGCACAUUUUGGCUGAGCAAGCACCACCAGAUAAUAUAAUUUAUCCUUCAACAAGCACUGGUGCCCCCGUUAUGCUUGAUUGUGCUUCUUUAGUUGAUACCUCUCAAGUUUCCAUGCCAGAGAGAAGAAGUGUGGACAAGUGGGUUUCCAGAAAAUCCCACAGAGAAUUAAGAAAAAAAGUUGGAGUUGCAUUUGAUUCUUCUGAAGAAACAUCUUUUGGUUGGACUACCCAUUCGGGCUCUUCUAAUGUUAAUUCAUCAAAAGAGGUUUUUAUGGAGCAUAAGUUAAGAAAUUGUGACUCUCACUUAGCAGAGGAAGAAAAUGCUAUGAUGCAAAAUUUCAAUAUUUCUGACAGUUAUAUGAAAGGUCAAGCUACUUCAAGAAAUACGGUGCGUGAGAUUGAUAAGUCUCAAAGUCAAAGUGGCUACAUAUAUGAAUCAGGAAGCAACUCUGGAUCAACAUCCUCGUCAUAUUCUUCAAAAAGUGGAAUAGAUGUGCAUGAAAAUGGGUUGGACUUCAUUCCGAAUGCAGGAAAUUACCUUAAAGAGGAAAGAUUAUCCAAUUAUGAAACAGCAGAGUUCAAAUGUGCUGAAAUGACGAAAAUGAAGACUGAAGUAAAGGCUAAAAGAGCUCCGUAUUCCCUUGGGACCAAGUUGUCUAAAUUACCAAAAUCAACAAUGGAAGUCUCCGGAGAGCAGUGUUACUCAGAGAGAGAGGGGCAGGAACAAAUUGCUGAAGUUUCAAAAAUCACUAGAAUGAGAGAUACCACUGCACAAGGGAGCAAUGGAAUUGCAAAUGUAAGGAUCAUGAAGAUGAUGGGUCUAAAGAAGCCAAAGAACUUUACCAGACAGGAAGUCCCCGAAUUGAAUGGUUACCAACAGAAAACUAAGGUCCUGUUUCCUUAUGAUGAGUUUGUGAAGUACCUUCAGUGCGAAGUCUUUGACUUAUCACCUCGGGGCCUUUUGAAUUGUGGGAACAGUUGCUAUGCAAAUGUCGUCUUGCAGUGCUUAACCUGCACAAAGCCUCUCAUUAUCUAUUUGCUUCGCAGAUCACAUUCAAGAGCCUGUUGUGGUAAAGAUUGGUGUCUCAUGUGUGAGCUGGAGCAACAUGUGAUGAUGCUACGAGAAAGUGGGGGCCCACUUUCUCCUAGUCGAAUUCUUUUUCAUAUGAGGAGUAUUAAUUGCCAAAUUGGUGAUGGAAGUCAAGAAGAUGCACAUGAAUUCUUAAGGCUUCUAGUUACGUCAAUGCAAUCUAUAUGCUUGGAGGGGCUGGGUGGUGAAAGCAAGGUUGAUCCUAGAUUGCAAGAAACAACUUUUAUACAACAUACAUUUGGCGGACAUCUCAGAUCAAAGGUCAAGUGUUUGAGAUGUCAUCAUGAGUCAGAACGAUAUGAAAACAUCAUGGAUCUUACCUUAGAGAUAUUUGGUUGGGUUGAGUCACUUGAAGAUGCGCUGACUCAGUUUACAACCCCUGAAGAUUUGGAUGGAGAAAACAUGUACAGAUGUGGAAGGUGUGCUGCUUAUGUUCGAGCCAGGAAGCAAUUGAGCAUACAUGAGGCGCCAAAUAUCCUCACAAUUGUCUUGAAGAGAUUUCAGGGCUUUCUGGUUUUUUAUGCUUGGCACUACUUCUGUUGCUGGAAUACUGAAUCAUCACUGGUUCUUCACCAGGAGGGAAAUUAUGGAAAAAUAAACAAGUGCAUCACUUUUCCAGACAUGCUGGAUAUGAUUCCAUUUAUGACUGGAACGGGUGACAUUCCUCCGCUUUACUUGCUAUAUGGUGUUGUGGUGCAUUUGGAUACGCAGAAUGCAUCUUUCUCUGGACAUUAUGUGGCAUAUGUGAAAGACAUGCGAGGUGAUUGGUUCAGGAUAGAUGACACUGAGGUUCACCCCGUUUCAAUGAGCCAGGUUAUGAUGGAAGGAGCAUAUAUCUUAUUUUACAUGAGGUCUUGUCCCCGCCCUCAAGGAGGAUUUUCUGGAAAAGCUAUCAAGGAGCAAGUUCCAGGCUUAGAAAAUCAAUGCCUGUUGAAAGCUCAGAAGUCAAGGCUAGAUCAAAGCAAACACAGCAGGCAAUUUGCUAGGCCAGAGCAUUUACCAGAUGAUAUCAGGCCAGAGAUUGCAGCUGCCUUUGGCAACAGCACCGCUAAUGAUAUCCUUAGGAGUUCUAACAGGAAUGUUUUCCCUAGGAUGGAAACAUAUGGUGGGCCCAUCGGUGUGGAGUUCUCUGAUGCUACGUCAAGUGAUUGGUCUCUUUUUACAAGUUCUGAUGAGGCCUCGUUCACGACUGAGAGUACAAGAGACUCUUUCAGUACUGUGGAUUGUGCCGAUGCUUGCAAUAUCGAUCCAGUCUGUUCAAUUUUAUAUGCUCCGGAGUAUUCUCACAGUUCUGCAUCCUGUAGAAAAUUUUCCAAUAGUAGGCCACACACUAGAUUUGUUUCCAAGGAAAGGGGUGUUAUUUUGGAUUCAUGCUUGUCAACCCAUCCCGUUGACAGAGUACAGAAACGAAACUAUUCAAGACAGGUCAGUGAUUCACAAACCGAACACCCUCUGGAUAGUAAAUGCAGCUCGUUUGUAAGAUAUGGGACUAACCCAAUGCAUAGUCUUGACCGAACUUCAGAUCAUUGCAAACUCUAAUCCAUGAGAUUCUGAUUGGAUAGUUGAUUUAGUCUGGUAGGAGCUGUGCCCCAAAAUUUUUGGUUUCAAUGUGUUGUUGGUUGGGGCAUGUUUUAUAUCAAAACAAGUAAAUGUAACAAUCUACUUAUCACCGGAAAUUGUCGAGUCCUGGGAUUUUCCUAUGCUUCAAUCUGUCUACUGGAUGUCUCUGCUCAAUCUGUCUUCGGAAUAUCUUUUCCUUGUGUUUCAAUCUGCCAGCUGAAGUUCUUUCAAGGAAAUGUUGUUAUGAGUUGGAAAACUUUGAAUUGAUUUCAGACGUUGGUUACCUAUACUUGUACUGAUUUCACUGUAGGCUUGUCUAUCUUGGAAAAGUUAAAUCCACGGCUGCCUGCCUUUGGAAUCCCUUGCUAGAUGGUAAACUGUAACAAAGUUUGACACUAGCAAGUAGUAAAAAACAUUUUGCACCA